AGCCGGAUGGAUUCACGUUCAGUUGACAGGAAGCGGGAUAGAAGCUAAAGUGGUUUGUUUUUUUUAUACUAAUUCUAAAGCGAAAUGCUGACUUGUGUUCAAGGAAGACUUUGAAUGAACCGGUUUUAUUAUCUGACCGAUUCACGUCGUUGUAGAUAUCUGUCAAUUCUGAUUUGGGUUCGCAGGCUUUAGAUUUCUGGCUUUUCCACAAAUGUCACCGAAAGCAACACUGGGCUGUUUUUAGAAUGAUAUCCGCGUAUAUUCCCUGAUUUCGCAGUUUAUUACUGUACAGUUUAUACUCACGGGAAGCCGGCCGGUACAGCUCCCACCGCGGACCGCCAGACGCGACCGGACAGCCCGCAGGAAUAUACAGCGAAUAUACAAGAUGCUGAAAACUGUCAUUCUGAUCGGAGGGCCACAAAAAGGUACCCGGUUCCGGCCGCUGUCUUUCGAGGUCCCGAAGCCCUUAUUCCCAGUUGCCGGGGUCCCGAUGCUGCAGCAUCACAUAGAGGCCUGCGCCAAGGUUCCAAAUAUGAAAGAGAUAUUGCUUAUCGGCUUCUAUCAGCCAAAUGAAGAACUUACGCGAUUCUUGGCUUGUGCACAGCAGGAGUUCAAGAUCUCCAUAAGGUACCUGCAGGAGUACGCAGCCCUGGGGACAGGGGGGGGCAUCUAUCACUUCAGGGAUCAGAUCCUGUCUGGUGGCCCGGAGGCCUUUUUCAUCAUGAAUGCUGAUGUUUGCUCCGAGUUCCCUCUGCUGGAGAUGUUGGACUUCCAGAAGGAGCAUGGAGACGCACCAAGCUUCGUCAUCCUGGGGACGACGGCCAAUAGGAAACAAUCCAUGAACUAUGGCUGUAUUGUGGAAAAUCAGCAAACGAAUGAGGUGAUGCACUAUGUGGAGAAGCCCAGCACAUUCGUGAGUGACAUCAUCAACUGUGGCAUCUAUCUGUUUACGCCGGAAAUCUUCCAGCACAUCGGGGCCGUCUUCCAGAAGAACCAGCAGGACAUGCUGUUAUAUCCCUAUGCGGGAGAGGAACAGACCAACGGCUGGCAGCGGGCAGAAGUGAUCCGGCUGGAACAGGACAUAUUCACCGCGUUGGCUGGCCAAGGCAAGCUGUACGUCUACAAAACCACAGGCUUCUGGAGUCAGAUCAAGUCGGCUGGCUCUGCCAUCUAUGCCAGUCGGCUGUACCUCAACCAGUACCACCAGACUCAUCCAGAGAGGCUGGCGGAGAAUGAAGAAGCAAGUCCAAAAAUUAGUGGAAAUGUGUACAUUCACCCAACUGCUAAGAUCGACCCAACAGCCGUAUUAGGCCCCAAUGUCUCCGUUGGCACAGGGGUGACUAUAGGAGCAGGAGUUCGAGUGAGAGAGUCCAUCAUCCUUCAUGGGGCUACUUCGUAGGACCACAGCUGCGUGCUGAACAGCAUUGUGGGAUGGGACAGCACGAUUGGCAGGUGGGCGAGGGUUGAGGGAACCCCCAGCGACCCCAAUCCCAACGACCCUUAUGCCAAAAUUGACAGCGAGACUCUCUUCAGAGAUGGGAAACUGACACCCUCGAUAACCAUUCUGGGCUGUAACGUGAAUAUCCCGUCGGAGGUGAUUAUACUCAACUCCAUUGUCCUUCCUCACAAAGACCUCAACAGAAGCUUCAAAAACCAAAUUAUAUUGUAAUUUAUUUUUGCCCUCAUCAAAGCUAAAGUUCAUUGUGUCCCUGACAAAAGAAGCAUUUGAUGCAAUAGACGUGAAGGGAACAAAACCUUCUCUCAUUGUAAUUUUUGAUCUCUCAGCAUUUUAAGAAGGAGUUAAAUGACAAUGUGUGAUUGAAUAUCCAAUACACCUCAUUUUAGCAAAAAUGUAUUUUACGUAAUAUGUGAGAUGACUUUAAGGAUUAGAGAAGUAGUGUGAUGGUUUAAUGCUGUCAGCCCAUAAUACCCAGAUUUUUGCAGAUUCUAGUUCAUGCCCUGACUGGGUGUGAAGUGUCAGCUCAUAACCAUGAACUGGUUUGUUUGACUGCUAAUGAGCCGUGUGCAGUGAUACUGUUAAGUCUGCUAAUCAGUUAGCACACCUCUCUUGUAGCAGCGUCUCACUGUAAAUUGGAUAGGAACUCAUGUGGGUGUCUGGAGAUUGAUGAAUAAAGCUUCUUGGCCAUU